AUGAGCAAAACUUCUCAACUGCUACAAGAUGUUUAUCUCACCCCGAAGAUGGAGCUCCCGAAGGCCCUCUCUGUCCGGAGAACAUUCCUAUCUGCCAUCUUCCACCUGCUAUCACGCCUCCCCACAGCACCCCUGCUCCGCCAGCUCUGGUUUGUGGGCACACCGCAGGUGCCCCAGCCCCUGUGCCGGGAAGGUGUGGCAGCCAAGCUCGAUGGCCUGCAGAUGCCCCUGGAUUGCCGCCGCUCAUCAUCCCAGGCGCUGGUGCACCGCAGGGAGAAUGGGGAUGCCUGGCUCGCCCAGCGCUCCCUCCGGAAUGUCCUGUGGCUAUCCAAUGAGAAAAUCCUGGAAGAACCAGGGCAGAAGUGCCGACAUGUCAAUGAAUUCACACCACCAGCCCAGAGAGUUGAGAAAGGAAUACUGGAAUUUACCACGCUGCAAGGCUCAUGUCACCCCACUCUCCGACUUGGAGGCCAGCGGUUGAUGGAGAAGGCAUUCCUCCCCCACCCUCCCUCAGGGCUCGUGGCAAACAUCCUCUGCUUAUCCCUGGGAGUCAUCGGACUUGAAUUCAUCAGUUUCCUCCUCUUAUUAAUGAAUCUUCGUCUUACUGGAAGCCCAGGCUGUAGACUCCAGCUAAGUACGCUUGUGACUGUCUCCUCCAUCCAGUCAGGUGAGCUUGGGCUGGUAGACAGAUGA